UUUUAUUCAGACACUAAAAACGCAGCGGAUCACGAUGAGUCCCCGCCUCGCACCCCCACGGGCAACGCCCCUUCCUCAGAGUCUGACAUUGAUAUCUCCAGCCCCAACGUGUCCCACGACGAGAGCAUUGCCAAGGACAUGUCCAUGAAGGAUUCUGGGAGUGACCUGUCUCACCGCCCGAAGCGCCGCCGCUUCCACGAGAGCUACAAUUUCAACAUGAAAUGUCCCACUCCUGGUUGUAACUCUUUAGGACACCUGACUGGAAAACAUGAGAGACACUUCUCCAUAUCAGGAUGCCCACUGUAUCAUAACCUCUCAGCAGAUGAGUGCAAGGUGCGAGCCCAGAGCCGGGAUAAGCAGAUCGAGGAGCGGAUGCUGGCCCACCGGCAGGACGACAACAACAGGCAUGCCACCAGGCACCAGGCCCCAACAGAGAGGCAGCUGCGGUACAAAGAGAAGGUAGCUGAGCUCAGGAAGAAGAGGAACUCAGGACUAAGCAAGGAGCAAAAAGAAAAAUACAUGGAGCACAGACAAACCUAUGGCAACACACGGGAGCCUCUGCUUGAAAACCUGACAAGUGAAUAUGACCUCGAGCUCUUCCGCAGGGCGCAAGCGCGGGCGUCUGAGGACCUGGAAAAAUUACGUCUGCAGGGGCAGAUCACAGAAGGCAGCAACAUGAUUAAAACCAUCGCCUUCGGGCGCUACGAGCUGGACACCUGGUACCACUCCCCCUACCCCGAGGAGUACGCGCGCCUGGGGCGCCUCUACAUGUGUGAGUUCUGCCUCAAGUACAUGAAGAGCCAGACAAUACUGCGCAGACACAUGGCAAAGUGUGUCUGGAAACAUCCCCCUGGAGAUGAGAUCUACCGCAAAGGCUCCAUUUCAGUGUUUGAAGUGGAUGGGAAGAAGAACAAGAUCUACUGUCAGAACCUGUGUCUGCUGGCAAAGCUUUUCUUGGACCACAAAACACUGUAUUAUGAUGUUGAACCCUUCCUCUUCUAUGUCAUGACAGAAGCUGACAACACUGGCUGUCACCUGAUCGGGUAUUUCUCCAAGGAGAAGAAUUCUUUCCUCAACUACAACGUUUCUUGUAUCCUGACCAUGCCCCAAUACAUGAGGCAAGGUUAUGGCAAGAUGCUCAUUGACUUCAGCUAUUUGCUUUCUAAAGUAGAAGAAAAAGUUGGCUCCCCAGAACGCCCCCUGUCUGAUUUGGGUCUCAUCAGCUAUCGUAGCUACUGGAAGGAAGUUCUCCUUCGUUACCUGCAUAACUUCCAAGGCAAAGAAAUCUCUAUCAAAGAGAUCAGCCAGGAGACUGCAGUAAACCCUGUCGACAUUGUCAGCACAUUGCAGGCACUCCAGAUGCUCAAGUACUGGAAGGGAAAGCACCUGGUCCUAAAAAGACAGGAUCUGAUUGAUGAAUGGAUAGCCAAAGAGGCCAAAAGAUCCAACAGCAACAAGAUAAUGGAUCCCAGCUGCUUGAAAUGGACCCCUCCUAAGGGAACUUAACUGUCCAUCCCUCCUGAAGCCAGUGCACCCCAGCAGUAGGAAGCACCCUAGGGAUCUCUGUGUGUCUGUUGCUGUUGUGAUUGGUGGGUACAGUGCCCUCUGAAAGAUCAGUUCCCCUUGGUACUGUCCUGGCCCGGAUCUUUUGUGCACCCCACAGACACUAGUUCUGAGGAACUUGAUGUUUCGGCCUCAAUGAGGUUGCAAGGAUUGGAUCUGUGUAGGACCCAAACGAAGCUCCUGGCCCGAGGAGUUCUGAUACCUGGUACUGUACCUGUCCAGUCACUGGUCUCACCCUCAUGUUCUCACUCCCAUGAGGUUGUGUCGUGUCCUUUCAUCUGCUUGUCUCUUCCUUCAGGUUCCUUCCGUUCUGAGGAACGGAGAUAACUUCUGUGGCUUUUGAACAAGGUCUAAGAAUGCUUGUUUGGGGGAAAGUGUGGCUUUCCAACAAGUUGCAGUGACACUGACUUCAGCAUUUUUUAACUACUCCUGUCUGCUGGACUGUUCUGUCCCACAUCUCAUAGUUGUAGUGAGGUAACGUGCC